AUGACGAAUCCUUUCAGAAAUCUUUUUAACGAAAUUAUCGAUAUGAUUUUCAACCACUUGUCCCCUUCUGAUGUCUGGAUGGUCCAAAAUUCAAUCAAGUCCACCGAACACAUGCUCGACUCCCAUCUGCUAGCACGGCGCCAUGCUGUCGACGACCUGAUGGAAUGGGCAUGCAGGCAAGGCAGCAUUCAAGCUGUCAACAAGGCUGUAUUACUUGGCGCAGAUCCCAGUCUAGUCCAGGUGCCCGAAACGUCGGUACUUCGCUAUCCAAUCUCAACUAUCGCCUUGGCUUCAAACCAUCUAGAUCUCGUCAAGCAUCUUUUCCAUCUUGGUGCAACCCUUCCGCCACACGUGCACGAAGACAUACAUGCAGAAGUCUUCUUCGGACAGAAACCACAACUCCUGAAAAUAUGUCUGGAGCACUGUCCGAAAUACCAGUUUACCAACCUGCAAGUCAACCUUGAUCUGGCUCUUGAGCGGCAAGUUAGAUGUACAAUCGUUACAACAUCAGACAAAAGAGCGGCUGCCAUGGAUAAAGUCAAAUACUGGCUGGAAUUGGGAGCCAAUCCGACUGCGUUGUGUCGAGGUGGAACGACGAGUCUUGAUAUCGCUAUCUUGAGCUUCACAAACCUCCGUCAUACGUAUUAUCCAUCAUCAAUCGUUGAUCCCUUGGUAAAUUUGCUCUUGUCUGCAAAGCCCGAUCUUAACGCCAAUGCCCUUUAUGAGACCCAGAAUUUUAUGGCAGAAGGGGGGCGUAUCCAAAGCCAGUAUUGUCCCAUUAGGAGUGCUAUAUUCCAUAUGUUUUGCACCAAGUCAACCAAGAUACUGGAACUCUUGCUUCAAGCUGGAGCAAAGCUUGACCUCCCAGUGUAUGCGGAACUCAAUCCCUUGGUUUAUUAUGCAAGUAUCUGCCGGGUAUACGACGCCGACUUAUUUGACUUCUUAUUCAGUCAUGGGGCAAGUGUUCGGCCAAAGUGGCUCCAUGAUGAACGCGGAGUAUACCACGACGUAACACCCAUACAUAAGCUCUGGGAACACUGGGGUGGCCGGCGUUGUCUUCUGGAUGAUUACAAGUUUGCGGUAAUAAAGCUUUUCAUCGGACGACAUGCCGUCCAGGAUAUCGCCGCUCAAUUUGUCCGACACUUGUUUCGACCGCGUGCCAUCAUCGACGACGAGACAGAAUUCAAACCCUUGAUGAUGAAACGAUCUCGGGUCAUCUUGAAACUGAUCUUGCGAAAUUGCAAUUUCAAGACCUCCAUGGUUGAAGAGAUGGAGGAUCUUUUCCAUGAGAUAAUACAGUUGGAAAGGACGAAUUCGCCCUGGGAGAGUAUCGUUGACCCUAUUCUGAAGGAUAUGUUGAUACCAUACAUCAAGCUACCCAUGGACGACGAUGUUCCAAUUGUCUGA